AUGAGUGUGAACGUCACCAAGAUCCUGAACAGCCCCGAGGUGAUAUAUAGAGCAAGUUACAAUCAGCGUGACUUGAUACUUUAUGCUGUGGGUAUUGGCGAAUCAGCACUUCAAUUUACGUACGAGUAUGAUGACACUUUCGCUGCUUUUCCUCUCUACUUCGUGUGUUUGCCAUUCAAAGGCCAGUCGCAAGAUAUCGUGCCUUUUCCACCCGAGACAUUCCUUGCAAUGCCUGAUGGACUGCCGAGCUUUAAUCCAGCUAUGAUUCUACAUGGUGAACAGUCUGUAGAAAUUCUACGGCCAUUAGAUCCCAUGGGUGGCACUUUGACAAGCAAGACAAAAGUCAUUUCUUUCUAUGAUAAAGGCAAAGGCACACUCAUGGAGACGCAGACAGAGUUUGAAGAUGAAAAUGGACCAGUUGCGAAGCUUGUUAGUGGGUCUUUUAUUCGUGGCCUUACGGGCUACGAGGGGAGCAAUGGGCGCAAACUCCCAGCUCGUGUGCAAAUCCCUAAGCGUCAGCCGGACUUUGACGACGAAUUCAAGACGUCGGUCUAUCAAGCACAAAUUUACCGUCUUUCAGGUGACUACAACCCAUUGCAUAUUGAUCCGGAGAUUGCGACGAGUGUAGGCUUUCAACAGCCCAUUCUGCAUGGUUUGUGCUCCAUGGGCGUGGCUAGUCGCGCGUUGUACAAACAGUUUUGUGGCGGCGAUGCAAGACGCUUUAAAUUCAUUCGUGUUCGCUUCUCAAGUCCGUGUUAUCCAGGAGAGACAAUCCAGACUAGAAUGUGGCAGGAAGGAAGUGGACAAGUGCUAUUCCAGGCCGUGGUCAAAGAGCGCGGAGUCGUGAUUAUCGACGGUGGCGAAUUCCUUUUCGACCAAAACACGUCGUCACGAUUGUAA